AUGGCUUCCAAACAAGCGACAGUAGCUUCGUUUGUGGAAUCCGCACCCCCCGGAGAGCUCUCCAACGUCGUAGCCGACAUCAAAGCCCUCGCCGAUCCUUCCAUCGUCCAAUCGCUCGAUCCUGCGUUCAAGAAGUACAAUGAAGAGCAGUAUACGGUGGUGACCCUGCCGGGCGGCAGUGAACCGGUCCUGAUAAGCGAGCACAACUCAUUGGGAGACGGAAGGUACUUCGACACCGCGAGCCAGACGUCUUUCGAAGUCGAUCACGCUUCGCAGAAAGCCUCGGGUGCGCAACAACACCCAUUAGAAUCACAGCAUGCCGACUUCAUCCGGUCUCUGCAAAGAUCCUUCACCAAUGCCACAGCCGAGCACUUCCCCUCUUCCACAAUAGGCAUUUUCCCCGUCCAAUCCGACUCCGCGAUCGCAAUCCUCCUCGUCGCGAAUAAAUACAGCCCACAGAACUUCUGGAACGGAAGAUGGCGGUCAACGUAUAUUGUCAAUCCCUCGUCCAGCUCGGCGUCCGGCGAAAUCAAAGUGGAUGUGCACUACUACGAAGACGGCAAUGUUCGCAUGAGCACGUCGAAGAAGGUGGAGCUUGGAGGGAGUAAUGGGGCCGACGGCAUUGCGAGGGAGAUUGCAAAGGCGGAAAACCGAUUCCAGGAGGAGCUCAAUCGUGGCUUUACCUCCCUGUCGGAGGGGAGCUUCAAGGGGUUGAGAAGACAACUGCCCGUCACGAGGCAGAGGGUGGAGUGGGAGAAGAUUGGGGGGUAUAGACUCGGUCAAGACAAUUGCGGCAAAGAGGAGAUAUUCCACCAGCAGGUGGAAUACCUGGAGUGCAAGGAGUACAAGGAUGUCGAUUUGGACCAGGACCCAUUCAUCGUUCUCAACUGUGGUCAUGUCUUUACCAUCAGAACGCUUGACGGUCUCAUGGACAUGGCAAAGUUUUACAAGAUGGAUGAGAACGAUCUGGCGAUUGCUAUCCAAGCUCAACGCGCGCCGAACUUGUCCGAGCAGGAGCUGAAAUGUUGUCCCAACUGCCGUGGAAGCCUGAGGAAUAUCGGCCGCUAUGGACGCAUCGUGAGGCGGGCCCAGCUGAAUUAG